GCCGGGCGCUGGGGUGGAGACGGCGACCGGAGCCGGCCGGCCAGACGGAGCCUACGGCGGCCAGCCGCAGACGACCCCGAGCCGAGCCCCGGAGCCAUGGCCCUGAGCGAGCUGGCGCUGCUCCGCUGGCUGCAGGAGAGCCGGCACUCGCGGAAGCUCAUCCUGUUCAUCGUGUUCCUCGCGCUGCUGCUGGAUAACAUGCUGCUCACGGUCGUGGUCCCCAUCAUCCCGAGUUACUUGUAUAGCAUUGAGCAUGAGAAAGAUGCUCUAGAAAUCCAGACCGCCAAGCCUGGGCUCACAGCCUCCGCCUCCGGCGGCUUCCAGAACAUCUUCUCCUAUUACGACAAUUCCACCAUGGUCACCGGGAACAACACCGACCACCUUCAGGGGGCACUGGUGCACGAGGCCACCACGCAGCGCAUGGCCACUAACUCGUCCUCGGCCCCUUCCGACUGUCCCAGUGAAGACAAAGACCUCCUGAAUGAGAAUGUGCAGGUCGGCCUGCUGUUUGCCUCGAAAGCCACUGUCCAGCUCCUCACCAACCCGUUCAUAGGACUGUUGACCAACAGAAUUGGCUACCCAAUUCCCAUGUUCACGGGAUUCUGCAUCAUGUUUAUCUCAACAGUUAUGUUCGCCUUCUCCCGCAGCUACGCCUUCCUGCUGAUCGCCAGGUCCCUGCAGGGCAUCGGUUCCUCCUGCUCGUCUGUAGCUGGGAUGGGCAUGCUGGCCAGCGUGUACACAGAUGACGAGGAGAGAGGCAACGCCAUGGGGAUCGCCCUGGGCGGCCUGGCCAUGGGGGUCCUAGUGGGCCCCCCCUUUGGGAGUGUGCUAUAUGAGUUUGUGGGGAAGACAGCUCCGUUCCUGGUCCUGGCUGCCCUGGUGCUCUUGGAUGGAGCCAUUCAGCUCUUUGUGCUCCAGCCGUCCCGGGUGCAGCCAGAGAGCCAGAAGGGGACGCCGCUCACCACCCUGCUGAGGGACCCGUACAUCCUCAUCGCUGCAGGGUCCAUCUGCUUCGCAAACAUGGGGAUUGCCAUGUUGGAGCCAGCCCUGCCCAUCUGGAUGAUGGAGACCAUGUGUUCCCACAAGUGGCAGCUGGGCGUGGCUUUCUUGCCAGCUAGCGUCUCUUAUCUCAUUGGAACCAAUGUUUUCGGGAUCCUUGCACACAAAAUGGGGAGAUGGCUUUGUGCUCUUCUAGGAAUGAUAAUUGUCGGAAUGAGCAUUUUAUGUAUUCCUCUUGCAAAAAACAUCUAUGGACUCAUAGCUCCCAACUUCGGAGUUGGUUUUGCAAUUGGCAUGGUGGAUUCAUCAAUGAUGCCCAUCAUGGGCUACCUGGUCGACCUGCGGCACGUGUCCGUCUAUGGGAGCGUGUAUGCCAUUGCCGAUGUAGCAUUUUGUAUGGGAUAUGCCAUAGGUCCUUCCGCUGGUGGUGCUAUCGCAAAGGCAAUUGGAUUUCCAUGGCUCAUGACAAUUAUCGGAAUAAUUGAUAUUCUUUUUGCUCCUCUCUGCUUUUUUCUUCGAAGUCCACCUGCCAAGGAAGAAAAAAUGGCUAUCCUCAUGGAUCACAACUGCCCCAUUAAAACAAAAAUGUACACUCAGAAUAGCAGCCAGUCAUAUCCAAUAGGUGAGGAUGAAGAAUCUGAAAGUGACUGAGACCCUGAAAAGUCCUCCAAGUACCUAAUUGUAUAAAACAGUGUUUCCAGUGAAAUGACUCAUCCAGAACUGUCUUAGUCAUACCACUCAUUCCUGGUGAGAGUCCAUACAACCAAAGGUUCUUUCUUUUCCACGGUUAUGAUCGAUUGCCAACGGCCUUAUAAAGAAAAAGCAGCUUUUCUAGGGGUUUGUAUAAAUAGUGUUGAAAACUUUAUUUUAUGUAUUUGAUUUUAUUAAAUAUUAUACAAUAUAUUUUGACGAAAUAUAGUGUAAAUCUAUAAAUAUUUGAAUCCAAAUCAAAUAUAAUUUUUUAACUUACAUUCACAAACACCUGGGCAAAAAAAAAGUCUUAUAUUUUUUUCUGAAUAUUGGUAAUGAGUGUUUAAAGCACACAUUAUCUCCGAGACACUUCCAACAAUGAGAAACUAGAAGGGAGUCUGAAAAACAGAGUCAAGUAAGACGGCGUAUAUUAUGUAGUGAUACUGAAUGAUACUGAACUUGGAAUUACAGUUGACCUGGAACAACACAGGGUUUGGGAAUGCCAACACCCCA